UUUGGAAAAAGAUCGCGCCAUGCCCAAGAAGGACAAGGCGGCUGCGCCGGCGCCGACGGCGAGCACGGCAAGCGUGAUUAGCAACCCUGAGGAAGUCGCCGAGAAGGAUCUCAUCGAGGAGUACCUCGCGCAGCAUGGGCUCGAGAGCUCCUUGAACGUCUUCCUCAACCAAGUCGUGCGCGACCGGCCAUCGGACCCCUACCUCGUGCUCGGGAAGCUGCUCCAGAACCGCGCCAUGUCCAACAAGGGCAUUUUCUCUGUCUCGGCCAAAGAGGUCGUCGACUCGUCUGGAUAUCCCACGCUUCUCGCGAGCGUGCAUACCGGGCGAGGUCGCUUCGAUGCCUCAACCGGGAGUGCGACGACCGGGCUCUUUGACGCGGACGACGCCUCGCGGUACCGCGGCCAUGGCUUGCGUGCGCGCGACGUUUCGCUCUACAUGCAGCAUCUUCUCGAGGGCAUGGAUCCCUGCGACCAAGCCGACUGCGACGAGAAGAUCGUGUCGAUGGCCGACAAGGUGGGUCGCCAAGCGUGCAUCGCACUCUCGAUGGCGAUCUGCAAGGCCGGCGCGGCCCAGAAGGACCAGCCACUGUACGAGUACAUUGCGUCGCUCGCGGAUGUGCCAAUUGAGAGUGCGUGUUUGCCCGUCCCAAUCUUUAGCCUCCUCAACGGCGGCAACUUGGCGUCCAAUAAGCUCUGUGUGUCGGAGAUCACGGUCAUGCCGAUGGGUUGUGCGUCGUUUCAAGACGCACUGCGCUACGCCGGCGAAGUGCUCUUGACGCUCAAGGAGCUACUCGACGCCAAAGGCAACGGCCACUCGAACCGGGGGGCCUCGGGGGGGCUCACCCCCCAGCUCAUGUCGGUCGAAGAAUGUCUCACGAUUUCGACCGAAGCGGUUUCUAAAGUCAAGGACAUGUUCAAACUUCCUGCCCAACAGAUUGACCUUGGACUCGGCAUCGACAUUGCCGCCCAUGCGUUUGCGUCGCCCGACAAUGACAGCUGCACGUACAACAUUGACAAGUGGAUGCCAAUGCCCAAGAGUGUGCCUAAAACAAGUGACGAAUUUUCCGAGCUCGUUCGCGAGUGGGUCAAGACGUACGCCAUCACGACGAUCGUCGACCCGUUUGACGGCCGGGACAUCAAAGUGUGCAGCACGCUCAACCGCACAAUCAAUACGAUCGCGGAAGGCGAGGCGACCGAAACGACAACGAUUGGCGGCGACGGACAGUGCAAGCUCCAAGUUGUCGGCCACAAACUCCUCCAGCGCGGCGUCGAGACCAUUCACGAAGAGCGAGCUUGCAACACGAUUUUGCUCAACCUCGGCGAGUUUGCAACCAUCACCCAAGUACUGCACGUCGCUGCCCAAGCGCGCGUGCUCGGUAUCGCCCUCAUGGUCGGCUGUGACGCGAGUGCGUCCGACGAUCCCUUUCCGAUGGACCUGGCCAUCGGCAUUGGCUGCGGCCAGAUCAAAAUGGGCGGUCUCUUCUCGGCCGAAGCCAUUGGCCGCUACAACCGCCUCGCCGCUUUUCUCGAAGACCCGAAAGCGCCAGCCUAUGUCGGCAGCACGUUCCGCCGCUGAGAGGAUUCUCUACAUUUAUAUAUAUAUGUGUGUUGUUCGAUACGACGGACGCCUAAAACCC